AUGGUUCAAGUUGAAAGCACGGCUAUUAAGCGUUUGGAGGCUCGAAUUGAGCCACUUUUGAAGAAAUUAGAGACUCAUCCAUUGUACAAAUCUGUUCAAAAUAUGGAACAUCUUCGUGUUUUGAUGGAAAAUCACGUGUUCGCUGUCUGGGAUUUCAUGGCUUUGUUGAAGGAACUCCAAUGUGGCCUCACUUGUAUCAAUGUCCCAUGGAGGCCCGUCGGGAAAAAGGAUUCGCGUCGAUUGAUCAAUGAGAUUGUUUUGGCUGAAGAGAGCGAUCAAAUCGGUGGUCGAAACAUUUCCCAUUUGGAAUUGUACUUGGAAUCAAUGGCUGCCUGUGGAGCGAACACUGAACCUCUUCAAAAACUUCUCGAAUCAUUCUCCCGUCAAAAAACUGUCGAUAUUUCAGAUGCUGCUUUGCAAAAGCUGUUCGCCGAGUGCGGUGUGCCGGAGCCGGCUCGUGGCUUUGUCCGCUCAACAUUUGAUGCUGUUCGAACAGGAAAACUCCACGUUGUUGCCUCAGCUUUCACUUUUGGACGCGAAGAUUUGAUUCCUCUCAUGUUCACGGGAUUAUUGAAAGAUAUGAAUAAGGAAAUUGGAGGAGCACUCGACACAUUCAUUGUGUAUCUCGAGAGACACAUCGAGGUUGACGGCGACGAACAUGGCCCGAUGUCCCUUCAAAUGGUUUCUGAGAUUUGCGGUGAUGAGAAUGAUCCAAAAUGGGAUGAAGCUGUGAUCGCGGCUGAGAAAGCGUUGAAGGCUCGAAUCCAAUUGUGGGACGGGGUUGUGGCGGAAAUCAAUAAAAUAAAAGCC